AUGUGUGGGGAUGCGUCCUCUGCCAGCGGCGCGGCGGACGGCGAGGCCUCGACCUCCUCAUCCUCCUUCCACGCGGCCUCCUCCACCACCGCCGCGGCCGGCACUGCCGGCGACGCCUUUCAGGACGCGCUGCUCGCGCGCUUCCACGAAUGCCUCGCGCUGGAGCGGCAGGCGGAGCGCGCCGAGGUGGACGCGCUGCACGAGUCGCUCCCGGCCAAGGAGCUCGAGCGGCGCGGCCUCGCGCUGCACCGGCUGCGCAUCCUCUCGACCGAGACGGCGCUCUUCGGCCGCGCGCAGCUCACGCUGCAGCUCUCCGGCGCGCGGCCGCUGCCGCCGACGAGGCUCUCGCCCGGCGCGAUGGCGACGCUCCGUCCGGCGGCGGCGGCGGCGGCUGCCGGCUCGACGUGCACCAUCACCGCACUGCGCGCGAGCACGCUCACCGUCACGUUUGAGGAGCUGCCCGGCGAGGAGGAGCUCGCCGAGCCGCUCACGCUCUCGCUCCUCCACAACGACGUCACCUACCGCCGGCUCGACGCGGCGCUCUCCGCGCUGCGGGCGGGCAGGCUGCCGCCCGCCUCCGCGCCGCUCUGCCGCGCGCUCCUCGACGGCGACGACGGCGCCGCGCUGAGCUGCGGCCCCGCCCUCGGUGCGACCGAGCCGCUGCCGGCGGAUCAGCUCGUCAACCGGGGCCUGAACGCGGGCCAGCGCCUCGCCGUGGCCCUCAUCCACGGGCCUCCCGGCACCGGCAAGACGACGGCGGUGGUGGAGCUGAUCCGGCAGGCGGUGCUCGCCUCGGCCGCCUCGAACGUCGCCGUCGACAACAUGGCCGAGCGGCUGCUGAGCGGAGAGGCAGGUGGCAAGCCGCUCCGGGUCGCGAGGCUGCUGCCUUCGGUGCUCGGCGCGUCGCUCGACGCCCGCCUCGCCGUCUCGGACGGCGCCGCCAUCGUCCGCGACGUCAAGGGCGAGCUGUCUGCGGCGCGCACCCAGCUGCGGCGCGAAGGCAGGCGCGCUCGCGCCGCUCUCAAGGCGGAGGUGUCGACGCUCCGCCGCGAGCUGGCCGAGCGGCAGAGGCGAUCCGUGAGGCAGCUGCUCGAGGCGAGCCAGGUGGUGCUGUGCACAAACACGGGCGCCGCCGGCCGACGCGACCACCAGCAGCUUCCGCCCGUCGUCAAGUCGGAGGAGGCGGGCAGGAGGGGCUUCGGCGUCACGCUCUUCGAGCGGCUCCUCCGCGGCCCGCACGGAGCGGGGCUCGGCGUGAUGCUCACCACGCAGUACCGGAUGCACGCGGCCGCGCCGCUCAUGCUCAUCGAUACCGCGGGCUGUGAUUGCGAGGAGGACGAGGGCGAGGGAGGCGGCGGCGCGAACGGCGGAGGCACCAAGCGCCCCAGCGCCUCACCGCUCGUGGCGGAGUCGAAGAGCAACACGGCCGAGGCCCGCGUGGUCGGCCAGCACGUCCGCGCGCUGCUUGCUGCCGGGCUGCGGCACGGCGAGAUCGGCGUCAUCACGCCGUACAACGCGCAGGUCGAGGCGCUUCGCGAGGAGCUCGCGGCGGAGCGCGCCGUGCCGUCGGCCACGGGCGAGGGGUCCGCGCUCGAGGUGGGGACGGUGGACGGCUUCCAGGGGCGCGAGAAGGAGGCGAUCGUCAUCUCGCUGGUGCGCUCGAACGCGCAGCGCGUCGUCGGCUUCCUCUCGGAGAACCGCCGGAUGAACGUGGCAAUCACGCGCGGCCGGCGCCACGUCUGCCUUGUGGGAGACUCGGACACGGUCUCCGCCACGCCCUUCCUCGCGCGAAUGCUGCGCUACUUCGAGGAGCACGCCGACGUGCGCUCGGCAGCCCAGUACGGCGCGGACGCCGCCUCGGGCGGCCGACACGCGCCCUCCGCCAAGCUGGCCGGCGCCCGCCCUCCGGCCAAGGAGCUGCUGACCGAGUCGCAGGCGGAGGCGAAGCUGCGCGCGCGCCUGCAGAGCUUCCUGGCGGACGCGUCGCAGCGCUCGCACGCGCUCCCGGCCUCGCUCAAUUCGUUCGAGCGCAUGGUGGCGCACCGGCUUGCCGCGGAGCUCGGCCUCGAGCACGUCUCGACCGGGGAGGGCAAGCAGCGCUUCGUCACGCUCUACAAGGAGGGCGCGGCGCCGCCGACGGGCGCGGCGGGGGCGGCGGAGGAGCCGCGACAGGGUGCGGCGGCAGUGCGGGGGGGAGAGGCGGAGGUCGAGGCGCUCGCAGCGGCAGCGGACGGCGAGGCGCGCGGCGCGCCGUCCGAGCCAUCCGCCGCCGCGCCGGCCGCCGCCGCUGCCCCCGCCGCCCCCCCUCCGCCGCUCUCGACGGCGCCGAUGGACGAGGUGCAGCAGCAGCUGGCCUCGCGGGUCCGGGAGCUCUUCACGCAGCUGGCCGCGGCGGGCAUGCCGCCAAACGAGGCCGCGGCGCAGGCGAUGGUCGCCGCGCAGUCGGAGGCGGCCAAGGCGGAGGCGGCCAAGGCGGAGGCGGCCAAGGCGGAGGCGGCCAAGGCGGAGGCGGCCAAGGCGGAGGCGGCCAAGGCGGAGGCGGCCAAGGCGGAGGCGGCCAAGGCGGAGGCGGCCAAGGCGGAGGCGGCCAAGGCGGAGGCGGCCAAGGCGGAGGCGGCCAAGGCGGAGGCGGCCAAGGCGGAGGCGGCCAAGGAGGAGGCUGCGGGCAGGCCGGCGGGGGGCAGGCCGGCGAGGCCGACCAAGGCGCCGCAGGCAGCGGACGCGAGGGCGGCGGCAGCGCGGGCCGCGACGGCCCGAGCGGCGAUUUCGCGAGCGGCGCAGUCGGACGGCGAUGGGGCGGCAGCAGCCGCGGCGGCCGCAGCAGCCGCGGCGAGGGCGGCCGCACAGGCGGAGAGCAACGACGCGCUGCGCGAGGCGGCAUUGGCGAGGGAGGCGCGGCAGUGCGAGGCGGAGGCGGAGAGGCAGGCGGCCGACGAGGCGGUGCGGCGGGCGAUGCGCGAGGAGGAGGAGCAGCGGCGCAAGCAGCUCGCGCGUGCGAAGAAGGAGCGCCGCAAGCAGAGGAAGGGCGCAGAGGACGCUGGAGGCGGCGGCGACGACGAUGACGAUGUGGACGCGGCGCUCGCCGCCCUUGGGCUGGCGCCGAAUGGCGCGAGCGCAGCCGAGCCUAUGGCCAAUCCGACGGCGCCAUCCGCGCUGCCGUGGGGCCGCGACCGCGAGACCGAGCGCGAGCGAGAGCGCCUCCAGGCAAGGCUGCGCCAGAAGCUCGCGACUGGCGACGGGUCGCACCAGAAGCGGCAGCAGAAGAAGAAGUGAACGUGUUUAUCUUUUUAUGAGACAAACAAGCGUCGCUCGAA